AUGGGUUUUCCAUCACCAGCAGCAGAUUACACAGAGCAGUCACUCAGUAUUACCAGCAUCUGUGGCUAUGACGCCAAUUGCCGCACAUUAGAAACGUCGGCUGGUUAUGCGAUCGUUAACGUUGCCAAACAACCUUCCGUGGGUGACUCGGUACUGAUUUCCUUCUGCGGAAAAAUGGACAUUGUGACAGUUCAAGGAAAAGCACUCAUCACACAGGAGGGAGAGGCCAUUGAAGGUGAUUCACUGGACGAUGCGAAGCCUGGUCUGUUCCCUGUGUUUGAAUGCCGAUCGCAUGCAGGGAGAAAAGGACCGCCCCCGCAAGGGGAAAUCCAUUUUAGGGAUGUGCCCAUGAAAUUGAAUGAAUUUGCCGCCGGUCUCACCAAAGACGGACUGCUUGUUUUAUGUCUUAACGAUGGUGAAAUCACCGAUUACCUGGUGACCAGUAAUGCCUUGCGCACAUUGAUUCGCCGGGAAGGUGAUAGGCUUUCAUCCCAGGUUCUGGGUGAUGAAGACCGGGUUGUAAACCUAAACUCCUUGCGAGAGGACCUUAAGGUUCUCAAGCCGUAA